AUGUCUCACCAUCAUUCUCAUCAUCACCCCCACGGCUCUACCAUCAGCGCUGGGGACCCACACAUGUCAUACCUAACAUCGCCGUUCAUCUCUCGACGCGCCCUCUUAUUCGUCCGAAUCGUGAUAGCGUUGUUCACCGUCUCAACAUGCUUGACAGUAAUGAUCUAUUCCGCUACCCAUGCGCGUGGGGGAGGAGACGCUGGCCAAUUUCUGUAUUUUUCGUACUUUACGAGUCUGUCGUUUAUUGGCGUGACGACCUGGACCGUUAUUCAGGCCGUUCGUGUGGCGAAGAUGGUCUGGUUUGGUCGUGAUAUUGCGGACGAGGCUCGCGUGGACCGCGGUAGGGAAGGAAACCGUGUAGACGACGAAGAAACCCGCUCAGAGAAAGAGUUAGCCGAAGAGAAGGAAGGCGUCUCCGUUGCAGAGCUCGGCGAGACCGGAGAUCGCAACGAAACUGAAGAACGCGGAGGUGAAAAGAGAGGGUCGAAGGUAUCCAGCUUGGCGUACGAAGUCCUAUACUGUACGAUCACUACGUUUCCUAUUUUGGUAACAAUCAUCUACUGGGCCCUUCUCUCAUCACCAUCUACCUUCGCGACUUCUUAUUCCGCUUAUUCUUCGACGUCUCAACACAUACUGAACGCCGUAGUAUCCCUCGCCGAGACCUUCGUUCUCACCUCUUCCCCUUCCGCUACCAACAGCGCGAGUGUAAAGCCGAGGAAGACCAACCUCCCAUAUAUCUACCUCCCCAUCACAGUAGUCCUCCUCGGUCUAUACCUGUGCGUCGCCUACAUCACGAAUGCCAACCAAGGUGUAUACGUCUAUCCAUUCCUGGACCCGUCGAAAGGACCGAUAUUGGCGGCGUAUAUAGUGGGGAUUGGGCUCGCGCAGUGCGUCGUGUUUGUGUUCGUUCGGUGUGGAAUUAUGUUGAGGGAUUGGGCUAUACGUACAUGA